AUGGUUACCACGCCCCCACAACAGUUCUGCGUUCGAUGGAACAGUUAUCAAUCGAAUCUACAGAAUGCGUUUCCGAAGCUGCUCACAUCAGAACAUUUUGUAGACGUAACGUUAGCAUGCGAGAACGAAAUGCUGAAAUGUCACAAAGUUGUACUCUCGGCCUGUUCGACGUACUUCGAAAAACUGCUAUUGAAUAAUCCUUGUCAACACCCAAUUAUUUUUAUGAAGGAUAUGAAAUUUUCCGAAAUGCAGUCGCUGGUAGAUUUUAUGUACAAAGGUGAAGUAAAUGUGACUCAGGACGACUUGCCUUCAUUACUGAAAUCAGCAGAAGCUUUACAAAUCAGGGGUCUCUGUGGAUCAGAUCAGCUCCUCAAUCCGACUUACUUUAGCAAUAUAACAAAAGCUGCAUCUUCACAGUAUCCGGGUAAUCCACCCACGCCCACAACACCACAAGUAGGAUCUCCCGAUCCACUGGAAACCAAAUUACAACCAUGCCAGGUUCCGAUGAACAAAAGCUGUGAUCUACUACCGGUGAAGAAAGAGCCCAACCAGUUGAUAGAAGGUUCUGAUAGUGGAAACAAUCAUUCUUCAUCAGAAUGUGAUUCAAAUGACGGGAUGUUACAAAUAAAAGAGGACGGAGAAGAAGAAGGAGAUGACUCAUUUUUCGAAGGUGAAACCGAACUUAUGGAUCAGGAAUUGACAGAAGAAGAAGGAACCAUAAAUACAGAUAUCAAACCUCAGUUUUCAGCCAUUGCCAAUGUUUCUUGCCAAUACGAUUCAUCACCAGGUAAUGCAUAUUCUAAUAUAAGCUAG